AUGCCGCGCAGCGGGGAUCUCCGCGCAACGGGGCUCCCGGCCCCCGACGCACCAACGGAGCCCACGGUGAACGUCUUCCAGACGCAGGAUCCAAUCACCCCUCAGCCUGGUGCAGAGCCCCCAGCUCCAGCGGGGAGCCCGGCCCCCAACCCACCCCGCGACACCUGGGCCGGGCAGCACACCUUCCUGCUCUCCUGCCUGGGCUACUGCGUGGGGCUGGGCAACGUCUGGCGCUUCCCCUACCUGUGCUACCGCAAUGGAGGAGGCGUCUUCCUCAUCCCCUACUUCCUCAUGCUGCUCCUGGUGGGGCUGCCCCUCUUCCUGAUGGAGCUGAGCCUGGGGCAGUACGGGGCCGCGGGGCCCAUCACCGUCUGGAAGUGCUGCCCCAUCCUGCAAGGUGUUGGUGUGGGCAUGAUGGUGGUGUCUUCCCUGGUGUCCAUUUACUACAACGUCAUCAUCGCAUGGGCGUUCUACUACCUGGGCUCGUCCUUCCAGAGCCCCCUGCCCUGGUCCUGCGAUGCCCCCCGGAACGCCGAGCUCUGCCAGAACGCAUCAGGGAAUGCUACCCAUACCAGUGCCAGUGAGGCUUUCUGGAACGAGCAGGUGCUGGGAGUGACACACAGCUCUGGCCUUGGUGACCCCGGCUCAGUGCAGUGGCUGCUUGCACUGUGUCUGCUGGCAGCCUGGAUCGUGGUCUUCCUGUGCAUGCUGGGGGGCAUCCACAGCUCAGGCAAGGUGGUGUACAUCACAGCCACCUUCCCCUACCUGAUCCUCCUCAUCCUCAUCAUCCGUGGGGCCACGCUGCCCGGCUCCCUCGAUGGCGUCCGCUUUUACCUCUCCUCGGAUUGGAGCAAGCUGCUGAGCGCGCAGGUAUGGAGCGAUGCGGCCUCGCAGAUCUUCUACUCGCUGGGCAUCGGCUUCGGGGGGCUGCUCUCCAUGGCCUCCUACAACAAGUUUGACAACAACGUCGUUCGGGACACCCUGGUCAUCACCAUCGGGAACUGCUGCACCAGUUUCUUGGCCGGCUUCGCCAUCUUCUCGGUGCUGGGACACAUGGCCUUGAAGAGGGACAUCCCUGUGGGCAGCGUCGCUGAGUCUGGCCCUGGGCUGGCGUUCGUGGCGUACCCUGAGGCGCUCUCCCUGCUGCCUGGUUCCCCCUUCUGGUCCAUCCUCUUCUUCCUGAUGCUCUUCAUGCUGGGAGUGGACACUUUGUUUGGGAACAUCGAGGCCAUCACGACCGCCAUCAUGGAUGAGUUCCCAGCCCUGCGGGAGGGGAAGAGGAAGGUGACGUUCCUGGCUGUGCUCUGCUUCUCCUUCUACCUCCUGGGGCUCCUCCUCGUCACCCAGGGUGGCAUCUUCUGGUUCACCCUUAUUGACACCUACAGCACCAGCUUCGGGCUGAUCAUCAUCACCCUCCUCAUGUGCAUCGGCGUCGCCUCCUGCUAUGGCGUUCAGCGGUUCUGCUGGAACAUUGUGACCAUGAUCUGCCGCUGCCCGCCGUGUUACAGCCGUGUGCUGGGCUGCUUCAAGGUGUGCUGGGUCUUCUUCACCCCCUGCCUGCUGCUGUUCACACUCAUCUUCACGUUCCUGGACAUGUACAAUGUUCCCCUGCGCUACGGCACCUAUGAGUUCCCAGCGUGGGGCACCAGCCUGGGUGUCUGCAUGGGCGUCCUCAGCUGUGUGCAGAUCCCCAUCGGUGCCGUCGUGGCUCUGUGCCACCAGACUGGGACACUGAGAGAU